CGUGAUUGAAAUGGAGCUAAGUAGUUUCCUUCAGGCAUUCGGGCUCUUGGCGAAGCGCCAGCCCUCGUUCCCAGUAGCCUUCAGAGGCAUUUAAACUCGGAGAGCUUCACUCUGCUCCCCAUUACUAAUCUACCUAAUGAGGAAUUUAAAUUAGCCGGGAAUAUGAAAGUUUAACAAGAUCUUAAUAAAUGCUUUUUUUGCUUGUUUUCACGGAAAAUCAAAGCACUAUUGUGCUGUCCCUGUAGAAACCCUUCUUGUUUUUAACAGCUUUGCAACCCAGUUCCCUAAUUAUAGACAAAUACAUAAAUACCGUGUGCAACAGUGAGUUUGGUUUUUGGGGGUUGUUUGUGGUUCUGAUUUUUCUGUCCAAUUUUUGCCUACACUCCGAGCCUGACCAGAGCAUGUGACCCAGUUUAGUGGAGCAGUGCUGGGGGAGAAAGGAGGCUGCUCCCAUGGCGGCACUGCUCAUGGGCAGAUGGAAAGGGGCUGUCAGGGGAAUGUGUAGCAUUUGGGACCGGGUUUUGCUACCGGGCUUGGAAAAGAUGAUCUUGCUAAAAUAAAUAGAGUUUGGUUUGGAAACUUGGUGUGUCCAUUUUCUGUGUAAACCUUCCAUAUGGAUCAUUUCCUAUAGUGGAAAGAAUAAUCCCAAAACAUCAGCUUGUUGCCAUAACAGUUCACGUUCUUAUUAUUUUUUUUUCUUUCUUCUUUUUUUUUUCUGUUCUCUGAAAAAUGGCUAGAAAGUCAGUAGGGUGAAAUGAAAUUGAAACCCACAGUUUCACCAAUUUAGGGUGGUUUUGUUUUUUGUUUUGUUUUCUUUCAGGGAGUCCAGGGGAAUGUGGUUGGGGGAAGUUGUCCAUGUACUGUUACAUGUACAUUUGCAGAGUACUUUCUUGGCAGAUGGUCAUGGUUUUAAAAGGAAGUCUCCUUUGGCAUUGCGUGAAAGAGAGAAAGAGAUGACUCACACAGUUGCACUCUUGGCCAGUAGAUAAAGUUCUUGUUCAUUGUGGGACUCCCAGCAGGACAUCAGAGUAAUUUCCCAUUCACAUCCUAUAGAACAGGACAUUUCUAUUCUGGAACUUUUUUCCUCCCCUCUCCUCUGUUGUUGAAGUUCUCCAUGUUCCUCUGAACACGCAUGGGAGCACUUUGAGUUACAUGACAUGUUUGGAGCUGGAACGGUAUCUUCAGAGUGAACCCUGUUACGUUUCUGCAUCUGAAAUCAAAUUUGAUAGCCAAGAGGAUCUCUGGACCAAAAUUAUUCUGGCACGUGAGAAAAAGGAGGAAUCUGAACUGAAGAACACAUGUGUCCCAAAAGAGGACAAUCUUGCUAGUCAGAACUUAGAGACCAACAGUUUGAAUUCUGACGUGAGCAGCGAAUCUUCAGAUAGCUCUGAGGAGCUCUCGCCCACAACAAAGUUUACCUCUGACCCUAUAAGUGAUGUUUUAGCCAGUUCAGGAAACUUGAGUUCAUCUGUCACUUCCACUCCCCCGUCAUCUCCUGAGCUGAGCAAGGAGCCUUCUUCCCAGAUAUGGAAUUGUACGCCGGGUGAGUUGCAUUCACCGGGGAAAAUCCGUACCGGUACCACUGGAAAGACUGCAGAAAAAGGUACACCCUCCAAUGGUGACACCUCGCCAGAUGGCAGAAGGCGUGUUCACAGGUGUCAUUUUAACGGUUGCAGGAAAGUUUACACCAAAAGUUCACAUCUGAAAGCACAUCAGCGCACUCAUACAGGGGAAAAGCCUUACAGAUGUUCAUGGGAAGGGUGUGAGUGGCGUUUUGCAAGAAGUGAUGAAUUAACCAGACACUUCAGAAAGCACACUGGUGCCAAGCCUUUUAAAUGUAGUCACUGUGACAGGUGUUUUUCCAGGUCUGACCACCUGGCCCUUCACAUGAAGAGACACCUCUGAAUGGGUCAAGAGGUGAAUCCUGCGGGCUAAGAGGCGUCAAGGUUGAAGAGCCUUGAGCGGAGGGAUGCGUGUUCCAGCCAAAGCAUGCCAUUUUGCACCCUACCCAGUUGCCUCCAGGACCUCACUUCCUUGAAGGUCUUUUGAGGGCUAAUAAGUCAUGUAAGAACGGCAUAGCAACCGCGGUGCGUGAUGUUUGGGGUUUCCUGGACUCAUACACUGGUAUCUAACCUUCUGAGUGGCUCCUAAGCCUUUGCCGUGAGCAUGUGCACUGAGAAUGUUAAUGAUUGGGCGACUGUAUGCGAUGAGGAUCUCUUGAUGACUGUAUGCUGAGGCACAUUUUUUUUCUUGUGGUUGUUUUAUAACUGUAAGAGAAAAAAAAUAGUUUGAAUGUCUUGUAUGUGAGGAAUAUCUCGUGAGAUGGGACGACCACCAAUCAUUUCCAAGGGGUGGGGGGAGGGGUGUCUGCACCUUUUUAGAGGGAAAACCUGAGAGGGGGAAAGGGGGGAAUAAAAAGAGUCAGGAUGCCAGAAUGGAAACGGGGAAACCUCCCUGUUCCUGUGUGAGAGGAGCUUUAGGUGUCUGGUGCAGCUAUUAAACGUGCAAUGUGUCAAGUAGCUUGUUUUACUUGCUACAGAGCUCAUUUGUAAUCCAUUGUAUAAGCUGUGUAUUUACAAAUGUAACACAACUAUAACUUUUCAUUAUAAUACAAAGGUUAUUGCAUGGUUCUGGGGAACUAUAUGCUUUUCCAUUCUUUAAUCAGGACUGCAGUUUUGAUUCCAGUUAAGAGCAGCUAAAAUACAAUUGGUCUAAUGUUACAUAAUGUAUGGAACAUGAAUAAUUUUUUUGUUGGGUGGAUAAAACCACUAUUGGUUAGAAACUGAUUUUUCUCAUGCAGCUAAUUUUUCUCUUAUUUAUGCCUUGAGGACUAACUUCUGGUUUUCUAGCUGUUAAUGCACUGUUGACCUUAAUAAUGGUGCCUUAUGCAAGUGACCUUCUCUUGCAGGGGGUCUUAUACAGGGGUAUGGGUGAUGCAUGCUUUAUUAAGGCUCUCUUUUCACCUGGCAUUGUACUGUAUCAAAUGUAUAAUAUGAGGGGCAAAAAGGUUACUUCCAGGGUCCUCCUUCACAAAGACAAAUAUAGAGAAAAGUCAUUCAUGUCAGUACAGUAUUUGUUUAACUUAGACAAUUUGACUGUGUUACAGUAUAAUGCAUAUGCCAAUUGAAUACCUGACCAGUUCUGCCACCUUGAGACAUUUUUUAUAUUGACCUUGCACAACAACUGUGUAUAUACACACCCCAACUGUACUUAAUAUGUCAAGUUUUCAUACAUAUUAAAGAUACAGAAGUAUUAAAAGAUGUAUUUGCUUAAAAGGCACAAGUUUCACAUCUAUAUAUCUAGCUAUCUGUUGGUCAUACAGAAAAAAAUUAUAUUACUUUUUUUUUAAAAGUGGGCAGAAAAAUAAUUGUGUAUGUAUAUUUGUGUGUACAGUCUGUGUAUGUGUGUAUAUAUAUAGAUAAUAUAUAAAUAUUUUUUUUAAAAGGAAAAGAAUUAGAACACAUAGCUAGAAAAUGCCACAGCCCAUCAAAAUAUUCCCUCUUCCCCUUUCCCCCUGCAAUACGGUCAUUAAGGAGACAAAGAAAUGAAAGAUACAGUUAAUUAAAAUCUAGCAUUUUUAGAGGCUUUACCUUUAGCUUAAUGGUAUGCUAAAGGCUUUGUUGGCAUUCAGUCCUUCUCAGACUGCUGACUGUGUUUUGUAGUUAAUAGGUUGUCUGGAAUAGCGUAUCUGUGGCCAUUUAAGAAUGAUAUGAACCGAAUAUUGGCAUGCUAAAAGAAUAUUAGCUGUGUGCAGAAGUACACUCGGGUUUUGGCCUUCCAGUUUACUGGAGGACCUGUGAGUGAGCUAGUCGUUGUGGUGGUUGAGCUCUAAUUUUACAUAGUUCAGCUGAAAUAAAGACUGUUUUUUCCUAGAGUAGAAAUAGUCUGUCCAAAACCAGUUUUGUUUUGUUUUGUUUUUUUUAAACCAGCUCACUACAGUCGAUGCAAUGAAACAUGUGACCUGUUUCUUUUACUAUUAAUUAUCAGUCUUGCUUACUCUGCUAAUAUUUUGCUAUAUCUUCCUGGAAAUGUAUGUAGAUAAGUGGUUUAAAAAAAGUAUAUGCAAGUGAUCUGGUUCUAUGGAACACACAGGCUUAAAUCAUUCUCAUUUCAUUUUUGGUUUAAAUUGCCUGAAAAUGCACUUUUUUUUUCUUCCCCCAAACAGACAAAAUUUUCCAAAAAAUGGAUUUCUAUUAACGAUUGGGUUUUGUUAUAUUUUUAACUCCUUAUUUGCAUUGUCCUUGGCUUAGCCGUAAUUCUUAUAAACAAGAAAUUAAAACAAACAAAAAAAAAACCAAAAAAAAAAAAAAAAAAAAAAAAAGCAAAAACAAACAAACCAACCCCAAACAAACAAACAAACAAAAAAACUUGCACUGGCUUGUCUCAAUUGUGAAAUACCAUCAGACUUGUGUGGAUGGGGUGGGGCUGUGUGCCAUAUGUCAAAUGCCUGUAAUUUUCUUAAUAAGCAAGUACAUUUUGUUCAGGUGAUAACUGAGCCUCAAUCAAGCUGAAAAAUAAAAAAAAAAUAAAACAUUUUUGCUUGAAAUUUAAGAAGAAAAAGUUUCUAUUAGUGAAAUUUCUUUUUUUGUUUUUGAAGCACCCUGUUAUCUAAAGAAUCUCUUUGUAAGAUUUUUGUAAAAAUUUUGUUUUACAAGAUUUUAUUUGAAAUUGUUUUUUGCAAGAUUGUUAUAUUUCUGUAUGAAUGUAUUUUUUAUUGGAAUAACAUAAAAAGAAAUUCUUAUCAGC